GGGUGGGGGUAAUUCUAUUUCAAAAUGUCGAAGAAACCCACGUGGUUGUUGUUUUAGUGUCAAGUGUUGAGGAAAAAGCGAAAGAAUAAAUAAUUGGAGGUUUUGGAUAUUCGACUUCCGGUGGACGGAGGGAAGAAUUUCCUCCCCCCAGGUGUUUUUUUCGAGUGUUCACUGGGAGAAUUGACGGAAAUUUUUCGAGAGUCGAGACUUUUCGUGGUAUAACCUAAAAAUUGGACUAGAUUGGAAUAGAGGGUAGAAGAAAUGAAUAAGAGAAAAUUAGAAGAUGAUUCAAAGGAAGACAAGAGGACAGUUCUCUCCAGAUUAAAAUCGGACACUGGGGAGGAGCUUCCAGGGGGUCUUCUCGAUCUUCCCCUGGAUGUCAGUGUUGAUAAGCUCCAGCUGAUCUGCAAUGCACUCCUGGGACAGGAAGAUCCUGUCCCUCUGGCAUUCUUCAUUGAUGAUGUGGAAGUUACUGGAACUCUCGGUGAAAACCUGGGAAAAAAUUUCUCCAUCAGUGAAAACGUCGUGGACAUCAUCUACCAGCCACAAGCUGUAUUCAAGGUCAGGGCUGUCACCAGGUGUACAGGAUCAAUCGAGGGUCACAAAGAGGCAGUUAUUUCCGUGGCAUUUUCUCCUGAUGGAAAGCACCUGGCGAGUGGUUCUGGUGACACAACAGUCCGUUUCUGGGAUAUAAACACCCAGACACCACAUUUCACGUGUACAGGACACAAACACUGGGUUCUCUGCAUCUCCUGGGCACCUUGUGGCACAAAACUCGUGUCAGCUUGUAAAAAUGGGUCUAUAAUCCAGUGGGAUCCCCUGACAGGCUCUCAGAUAGGGAAGACCAUGACUGGACACAAGAUGUGGGUGACCUCCAUCAGUUGGGAGCCCUACCACAGGAAUAAAGAGUGCAGAUACCUCGUGAGUGCUUCCAAAGACUCUGAUCUUAGAAUUUGGGACACCAAAUUGUCCCAGACGACGAGGGUCCUGGCAGGACACACCAAGAGUGUCACUUGUGUUCGAUGGGGUGGAAGAGGACUCAUUUACUCAGGAUCGCAGGACAGGAGCAUCAGAGUAUGGAGGGCAGAAGACGGAAUUCUCUGCAGAAUUCUAGAGGGUCACGCACACUGGGUGAAUACCCUGGCCCUGAACGUGGAUUACGUCCUGAGGACUGGUCCCUUUGACCUGAUAACCUCAGGUAGUUCCGAGGACCUGGCCCUGAAGAGGUAUGAGGCAGUAGGAGAAGAACGUCUGGUCUCAGGGUCUGAUGACUUUACGCUCUUCCUCUGGGCCCCAGAGAAGGAGAAAAAAUCCCUGGCGAGGAUGACAGGCCACCAACAGCUUAUCAAUGACGUCAAGUUCUCUCCGGAUGGCAGGAUAAUCGCCUCUGCUUCUUUUGACAAAUCCAUCAAGCUCUGGGAGGCAUCCAAUGGACGAUUUAUUACUUCCCUGAGAGGACACGUUCAGGCGGUGUACUCCAUCGCUUGGAGUGCAGAUUCUAGACUCCUUGUCUCCGGUUCUUCGGAUUCGACUCUCAAAGUCUGGAGUAUGAAAACGAAAAAACUUGCUGAGGACCUCCCUGGACAUGCCGACGAGGUCUACGCGGUUGACUGGUCCCCAGAUGGACUCAGGGUCGCCUCUGGGGGAAAGGACAAAGUCCUCAGAUUAUGGCAGAAUUAAUUAUAUCGAAAUAAAUUUUUUAAAAUUA